AUGAAGAUCUCACUGCUAUCUCUCAUCACGUACGGGCUGGCAGUGGAUGCACAUGCCAUCUUCCAGAAACUCUCGGUCAACGGCAAAGACAACGGUCAGCUCACGGGCAUCCGCGCACCGGGAAACAACAAUCCCGUUCAGGAUGUGAGCAGCAGCAACAUGGCAUGCGGAGCUUCUGGCACCAAGUCCCAGACCGUGAUAAACGUCGCACCGGGCGACCGAUUGGGGGCUUUCUGGGGACAUGUUAUUGGCGGCCCCCAGUUUCCAAAUGAUCAGGACAAUCCAAUCGCGAAGUCCCACAAGGGACCUGUUAUCGCCUAUCUUGCUAAAGUCAACGACAACGCGGCAUCGGCCAGUUCGACCGGCCAACAGUGGUUCAAGAUUUGGCAGGAUGGCUUCGAAACCAGUAGCCGGAAAUGGGGUGUCGAUAACAUGCUCCAAAACAACGGCUGGACUUACUUCAAUCUGCCCAAUUGCAUCGCGCCUGGACAAUAUCUCUUGCGCGUGGAGAUCAUUGCCUUGCAUUCGGCGAAGAACUCAGGCCAGGCCCAGUUCUACCAGUCGUGUGCUCAGAUCAACGUUUCUGGGUCCGGCUCCUACACGCCUUCGUCGACCGUGAGCUUCCCCGGUGCCUAUAAGUCGAACGAUCCGGGCAUCCUGAUCAACAUUUACGGUAAGCUGGGUCAGCCUGAUAUGGACGGCAAGCCGUACACCGUCCCCGGGCCGGCACCGAUUACGUGCUGA